AACCUAGACUAGACUAAAACCUUUCUCCUCCCGCUUUCAAAACCCCCUUAAACUCUCACUCCACCAGAGAUGGAGAGAAGAAGAUCUGAAAUCCUAGAUUCCACCACUAAUGGAGUUGGCGGUGGAAGUCCAUCACCAUCUAGACUCUCUUCGUUCCAGAUACCGCCUCUUCUUCCACCUGAUUACAGCUCCAGACCUGUUCAGGAAGCGUUGGAACACUUAGCGACAAUUGAUCUUAUAGAGUUGUCUAACGAAGCAAAAGUUGAGCGUUGCCGGGCAACCAGAGAUUUGAGGAGUUGUGGACGCUUUGUGCGGCAUGUUUUAAAUUCAUGUGGUCAUGCCUCGUUAUGCUACGAGUGUAGUCAACGAUGUGACGUCUGCCCCAUUUGUAGAACUUCAAUACCGAAGACAGACAACCUUCUCCGUGUUCGUCUUUUUUAUGAGUGUAUUGAAGCUGGUCUUAUCUCAAAAAGAUUUGAUGACAGAUUUCAAGAGAAAGAAGAUGGGGAGAUGGAGUUAACUACUGAUGUCCAACGUCUUUAUUGCCUCUUCGAUGUUGCAAUGGAAAAUAACCUGGUGUCUUUGAUUUGCCAUUAUGUUACAGAUGUUUGUAUGGAUGAAAGUGCUGUUUCCAGUGAUCCUGUCAUUGCUUUCCUUGUGGAUGAAGUUGCUGUCAAGGAUUGGUGCAAGCGGACUUUUGGAAACAUUAUCAGUAAUCUUCAGGCGAUUUAUACUCUACAAGUAGAAGAAAUGAAAAAAAAGUUGCCACUACUUUCGAAGUUUUUAUCGCAGCUUACUGGUAUUUCCAAUGUAAUUGAGGUUUUGGAGUCUUCGAUAAAGGGAACCCUUUAUGCCCAACAAGACUUGCACAACCUUCAAGAGAAUGUAUUAAAGGCUAAACAGCAUUUAGAGAUUAUGAAGUGGUCGAUAAAGCAUCAGUUUUUGGAAAAUGUUAGAUCACGACAUAUUAAUUACAGUUCAUGGCGUUCACGCUUCCGUGAUGGGAAGUCUGCUGCAAUUACUCGAGCGUGGCCUGAGUUUAAAAGCAAUUCUGCUGAAUAUGCCAAACAGGAUUCUGCUACACUUUUCAUAGAAGAUGCAUUAUCAAAUCUAGAGAUAGAACAAGAAUUGAGUAGGGGAAUGAGUAAGGAGCUGGAAGUUCUAUCGUUGGUGAAGAAUGGGGGUUCAUCGUCAUUUAUUAGGUCUAAUAUAGAGGGGUUUGAAGGAUGUUAUCCAUUUGAAACUUUAAGAGAUGCGGCGGAUGUUCUCUUUUUAUGUGGAAGCUCUGAUGUGGUUGUUGCAAAGCGAGCAAUUUUUUUGUACUACUUGUUUGAUAGGCAUUGGACGAAGCCUGAUAAAGAAUGGCGACCUAUAAUAGAUGAUUUUGCAGCUUCAUUUGGUAUUACCAGGGAUUUGAUGCUCGAGUCUUUGACAUUCUAUUUGCUAGAUGACAACACAGAUCAGGCACUACAGGAAGCAUACAAACUUCUCCCAGAAAUUGCAGGCCCAAAUACGCAUCCAAAGAUUGCACAAGUCAUGUUAGAAAGACAGAACCCUGAUGGUGCUUUGAUGGUUCUACGGUGGUCGGGUCGUGAUGGUGGUGCUCAACUGGUUUCUCUUCGGGAGGCAGUGAUUGCUGUUAGAGUUAGAGUCGAGUGUGGGCUGCUGACAGAAGCGUUUAUGUAUCAGAGGACACACUGCCUGAGGGUGAAGGAAGAGAAAGUUAAGCGUGGAACUUCCAGCCAGGCCCUUCUAAAUGACGUUAAGGUCAAAGAAGAUACUUGGUUGGACCAAAUGGAUUCUUUGGUUACUGAAAUCUGUUGCCUGUGUAUUCGAAGAAAUUUGAUAGAUAAAAUGAUAGAGUUGCCAUGGAAUUCUGACGAGGAGAAAUGUAUUCACAAGUGUCUCCUUGAGUACGCUACUGAAUAUCCGGAAUCCUCUUCUGGUAGCCUUCUUGUUGUGUAUUAUCUUCAGCGCUUCAGAUAUAUAGAGGCAUACCAAGUUGAUCAGAAACUUCAGAGCCUAGAGCAGGACAUAAUCUCCAAGGCUUCUAUUGGUGAAGAAGCUGUGUCCAAAAUAAGGUCAAUAAGUCAGUGGAGGGCAGGAUUGGUUGAUAAAUGCGUCGAUCUACUACCUGAUGUGCAACAACAACAAGUUAAGUCAGGGAAUUUUCCUGAUAUUGGGGAUUCUUCUUCUUCGAAGGAAGAUGAGUCCAAAUCUGAUAUGUCUGAGGAGCAACCACCAAAUUCAAGUUUAUUGCAUCGCUUUCCUAGUGACUCUUCCGUUCUGCUAAGGUUGAGUUCCGCUAAGAAAGGUUCAGCAUUUGAUACUCCGGCUAAACCUACAGGGUCUGUACUGAAUUCUCACAUUGACCUUAGCAACUACCGUUCUCCAUCUAUUGUUCAAGGGAGGUUCCUUACCCCUGUUGGAGGCUCAUCCACUUCCCACAGCAAGAGCAACCUGUUUUCAAAGCAUGCCUCUGCAAGCAGAGAAGUCAAGUAUCUAAGCGGAAUCAAGUCAACCUUCAAACUGGAUGACAUCUCAACCCCAGGAACUAAUUAUCUUACUCCUGGUAGCAGUACACCGCUUAAAGAAGCAAAUAGAAGUUCAUCAAGCGUACAUUACAAUGACUAUCCUCAAGAUGAUCAAGUAGAUAACGUCUCAUCGAGGUGGGCACCGAGUUCCAUGAUAAAUAUAGUCAAAUACACAUGUCCUUCGUAUCUCCAUGUAAUACCAGAGCCUCAGAUCAGCACACCCAUCAAUAACCAUGGGUUUUUAAAAGACACGCUUCAAAAUUCGAGUUCAACCACAUCUGGAUCUGGUAAGCGGGUCUCUUCAGAGAGGCCAUGGAUGUCAGCUGCAAGAGAUGAGUCGAUGGAUUUCACUUGGAGCCAAGCAAAGAAAAAUUCUCCUGUUGAGGAUUUAAAACAGAAUGGUGGGUCUAGAUGGAGAUCUGACGAAGACAAUGAGGAGGAGCAACCUAGUGCCGAGAAGAUUAUCAGCAGAGGUUUGGCAUCGAUCCCGUUGAGAAGAGAAAGAAGAAGCAGGUCUACUAGAAGAUGACAAUCUUCUGUACAAUCACCUGACAUGAGUAUACAAAUGUAAUUGCAGAGAAUCGGGAACUUGGAUCUCUAUGGCUGUCUUUAAAUGGGCUAUUACUAAUGCAGACAUGUUUUCUUCGUGAAGUGAUCGUUUGGAGAGUUUGAAGCUACAGCAGUAAAUAUAUAAGUCGGCUUUUUUUCUUGAAGUAGAGUUCUGUUACAGUUACAAGUCAGUUUAAGAACCCCAAUUUUCCCCUUCCUCUUCCCUUGAGACUUGUUUUGAUAGGUUCUGUAGCUUAAAUGAUUUUUUGUUCGGGGCAGCAGCACCCAGGGAAGUCCUGCGGGGAGACAUAUUCUGUGCUCUUUUCAUUGUAUCCAAAAUGAGAAUUCUUUUGGUUUUGAGGUCAGACCGGAUGAUUUUUGUUGCAAUGGUUACAUAUUGAGCAACUGUUCAAACUUC